GGAUGAGUCUGCUCUCCCUGCACAGAGGGGAGUCAUUAUAAAGUGUAAUGACAGUUGUGAUCAGUGACUUCCUGUAGCAGUCCUUUUUACAGUGGAGCUGCAAGAGUCUCUGACUCAGUCUGCUCUGUUGUUUGAACAGGAGCUCAUGUAGUAGAUGUGAGUUAUUGUCCAUAAUGUUGAGAAGUUUGCUGAGCAUCUCCUUUUUUUUCUCAACAAAAAACACAGAGCCAGCCUUCUCGAUCACUUUGUUCAGUCUUUUGGUGGCUCUGAUGCUGCUGUCGGUUGUUGCAAACAUCUGCAGCAUCUCGCUGCACACAUUAAAGGACCCGAGCUUCAUUAAGAAGCAGUCUGCUCUGCACAUGAUGGGUAUUAUAUGUUCAUAAUAUGCAUAUGUGUUUAUACAGUGUGCAGCCUUUAUAUCUGACAGUGAUGCAUGUUUUUUAGGGCUGCAUUCGUUUGUAGUUUGUAUUCCUGUCCACUUGGUGUCGAUAACGAACAAUGCGCACUGCGUAAACCUCAAGGAAGAAGACAGUGCAUCCACACACCACUUCCCAGUGUUUAUCAUAUGGAAGUAUAUAUAUAGUUCUUGUUAUCCAUGCAGUAAUCUUUGAUUUGAACGCACCGCAGUGAUAAAUGGCCUUCGCUCUGCCGGUGUGGUUUGUUAUCCAGGAGGAGCUCCUCGGACAUGGCGCAGCGGACCAUGACGCUCCGAGCUUUUUCGACGAGCUUGACGACGAAGCUUUGUUCCAGAUGUUCCACCUCACCAGACCAUGCAUCGCCUUCAUCGCGGACUCGGUCCGCAUCCGCAUGAAGAAAGUCACUCUGAAGAACCCUGAACUGUCUGUAGAUGCCAUGGUCAUGGUGACGCUGAACUAUUACGCACAUGGAGUCUGCUCCACCGCCAUCCUGGAGAAAGUCGGAAUGUGCCGGUCCGACUGCCCCGUGGUCAUAAACACUGUGUCCGGGGUCAUCGCGGGGAUGUCCGAUCAGUUCAUCUCGUUCCCACUAAUCCGGGAAGCCAAAGCUAAUGUCGCCUUCAAGAUACAGAAAUUCUGUGGGAUCCCCAAUGUGCUGGGCAUCCUGGCUCCAGCCCACUUCAAGAUCAGAGCCUCUCCGUAUGAGAAGGACACGUUUAGGUCUUUUGUCAACACUCUGUGUUACACAUCAGUCGUGAGUCAGAUCAUAUGUGACAUUGACGGCAACAUACUGAGUGUGGAAAAGUGUUGUGUGGGCAGCACGCUUGAGCAGGAAAUGUGGGACUCGUCUUUCAAAGGAAGGGAGAUGGAGGAGGAACUGCACGGACCUUAUUGGGUUAUUGGUGGUAAAGGCUACAACUUGAGCAAACAUGUCUUGACCCCUGUGUCAGAACCUGCACAUGACAACGAGGUCCGCUUCAACGAGGCCCACAAAAAGAUCCACAACGUUAUGCGGACAAUGCUCGGCUCCAUGAAGAGGCGUUUCAGGUGUUUGAUGCAACUUGGUUAUGCACAAGAAGGCUCUUUGGACAAAAAGUCAAACAUUAUCAAGGCAUGCAGUGUACUUCACAACAUCUCUAAAAAGUUUUCCGUCCCUCCUCCGCCUGUAGCUGGUAAAAUUGAGCCCCUGCAUCCAGGCAAGAAGCCUUUAGUGCCAGUAGAGAUCAAUAAUGAGGCCCUUAAAGCCAGACAAGAACUCAUUGAUGGUAACUUUUCUGUUGCUGCCAGUAGCGAGGACACACCAAGUGCAGACAUCACAGAGGAUGUGUGAACAGAGUCGAUGUGUUAUCUGCUUUGGAAAGACACUUAAAGGAAAAACA